UUUCAUCGGCGUAUACCUUAAGUUAUAAGUUCGAAACUUUCUUACACCACUGUAAGAAAAAAAAAAUCAUGCCCCAGAAAAUUGCCCAACCUCCCCCUCCCCACCCCACACUCUCCCCCCUCAAAAAUACAAUGGUCAGUCCCUUAGCUAAGGUCAGAAAGAUUGCGGAAACGUGAGAGGAAUUGUUAAAAUGAAGAGAACCUAGACGAAACAAACAACCAGACUAAGUGCUGACCUUAACUGUUGGACUUCCACAGAUGAUCACGAACUACAGUAACAUGUAACGUGACACGUCACGCACGCGCGAGCAAGGGAACGAGGAACAGUCUACGUUUUUUGUUCAAAUCGAAAUUCGGUAAUACGUUCCCAGACAAUUAAGUUUCGGUUUGGUGAGGGAUGCUUUUCGAUGCUAUCGCUUGUGGUCAUUUCGUCAAGAGAAAUUUGGACCUUUUCGUCGUAAGAAAUACGGUAGAAUACUGUUUGGCACGCUGCCUAAAGAGAUAGAGAAUUAGUCAUGGAUAAGAUCAAAAUCUAGGACUGAAUUCAAAUGAUCACAUGGAAAUUAAUUUUUUUAAAGGUUCCUUACGCGUCCGGGUGAAAUUUUAUGUUGCAUAAUAAUAAGCAUGUUCUAAAGAGGUCAUGUUAGGUUAAAUUCAGACAAAAGAAACUGUUGCUCUUUAAUUCUGAUCCGCCUAUCGUUUUAGAUCGUUUCAGAAAUUUGAUUUGAAUUGUCUGAGAAACUACUGCUCUGCCCCGCCCCGACUGCCAUGUCUCUGUCCAUCAUCUCGAUGCGCGGAAUUUCUACAGUACAGUCACGCACGUAUGGUCCUUUCGAAAUUGGGUCAUGGCAAGUUGCAGACUUCCGUGAACUGAAUGUAUAGUUAUUAUUAGGACUAGGUUUGAAGCUCCAGAGCCAGAGAGAGCAAACACAUAAUAGCCAGGAAUAUGGGAGCAACAACUUCCAAGAAAAAAUUUGAAGUGAAGCAUGGCCACACAAAGAAGUCAAUUGUUGGAAGCAAGAGAGAACUCACUCCCUGGGAAAACAUGGGAUUCCAACUUUUUCGUGAAAGGAUGGGAGAAGAGUUAUAUCUGAAAAAAAUGAAAGAGGCUGACGAGCCUCCACCCAAAGCUGGUCCUCUCAGUGCUGCACAGAUGGCCCGCUACGUCAAAAAGUAUAAAAACCGUUUCGCUUUAAAAUCGCUCGUGACUCGUCAACGCGGGACCCACGCUAGAGGUGUGGGGGCCGUAGGAACUGCAACAGUCCUCGACAACCCUCUCCUCCCGGAGCACGAAUUCUUCACUGUAGGUCACGUGUUCCCACUCCGUCUCCGCCACUCUAAUCUGGUCCGGUCCGAUGACUCUCAGUUGGACGUAAGAGCGGUCUCUUUGAAGUUUGCCGACAGCGAUUUCGAUUCGCCGUUUGAUUUGAUGAUGCAUACGGGUGAAGAAGCUGCGUUUUGGAACAUCUAUAGUUUUGAUAAGAUGUUGACAGCUUUAGCGGGAGGCCCCAAAACUUUUAAAGCUUUCUGUCUCGAAGACCCUUGGAACUUCCACCUAUCCAUAGCUGUUUUUCGCCGAGCCCCUAAAUCCUUUACUGACCAGCGGUACUACUCGUGGAUGGCGUUUGAAUACAAAGCAAAAGACGGUGUUUCCCGUUACGCCAAAUUUCGCCUCGUUCCCGCGGACGGCAGGGAAGAAAGCGGCCUGCUGACAGAAUAUGACCAAAGGAAACCAUGGGCAAAUGCUCGGUGGGAAGAAGAUGAGCGACCCCAAAGUUACUUGAUUCCUGAAUUCAAGGAGCAGAUAUCCCGAGGUGCCAUUAAAUACAAGCUUCAGAUACAACUGCAUGAGAUAAAACCAGAGGAUUCCCACCUCAUUCUUCACGCUGCCAGGGCCUGGGAUGAAAAGAGUCAUCCAUGGUUGGACCUCGCUGACGUCACUGUAACGUCAUUGUUAGAUGUUAACAUAGUAGAACUUACUCGUUGUUCAAUGGAUCACCGCCCUCCUUCAGUUGAUUUCCCCUCCGCAGAGACAAUCUACGACUACAGUUCAAUCCCCUACUUGCGGUCUAAAGUUUAUCCCACCUCACGUAUGAUGAGCUCAAGCAAGCCGCGAGCGAAGGAGAUUAAAGAACAAGCCACAUCCGACGUCAGCUAUUGCAUCCGGGUUCGAACUGGUAACCGAAAAGGAGCUGGGACCGAUGCCAGCGUGUCUUUAACGAUAACGGGGACCAAGGCACGAACCAAGCCAGUCGUCUUGGACAAAUGGUUUCACAACAAUUUUGAGAAAGGCCAGGAAGAUACAUAUGUCAUCGAGGAAGUGGAUGUGGGUGAACCUCUGAUGAUAAAGUUGGAGAAUGACCAAGGUGGCUUGUUUCAUCGCUCCAGUGACUGGUUCGUAGACAAAGUCGUGAUAAGCUGCACUUCGGACAAUCAAGUAAUGUAUGAAUUUCCUUGCUACGGCUGGGUGAAGCAAGAAGCUGUUUUCUUUGAAGGAAAAGCCAAACUGAUCACAGAUGAUCAGCCCGAAGCUGUGAAGAAGCAACGAGUCGUGGAGAUCCAACAGAGGAAAGAGAUUUACAAAUGGGGAGACGAUCCUAAUUUUAUGGGACUACCAGGAUUUAUCAAGUCUGAAAGCGUCAAGACGCUUCCUAAAGACAUACGCUUUACAGAAGAAGCAAUCGAUGACCUUUAUACAGCCAAACGUAAAGCACUGGUCAACCUUGGAAUGGUAAAACUACUGAAUAUGUUUGACUCCUGGGAAGACUUCAAUGAUUACAAAAAGGCAUUUGUGUCGUUCGUUGGUGAUGUUCCAGUGGCGUCUAAUCACUGGCAGGAUGACCGUUUCUAUGGAUCGCAUUUCUUGAAUGGCUGUAACCCUGACACGAUGAAACGAUGCACGAAGCUGCCUUCCAACUUCCCCGUCACACAGGAGCUGGUCGGCAACCUUCUAGAUGAGGGUGAUACGCUCGAGAACGCAAUAAAGGAUGGCCGUGUGUACAUGGUUGAUUACGAAAUUCUUGACGACAUUCCACACUAUGGUCAAAAUGACAAGAAGUUGGAGAGGCGCUACACAUGCGCAGGAUUGGGCUUGUUCUACGUCAAGGGCAGUGGAGAUAUAGUACCCAUAGCUAUUCAGUUUCAUCAAGUACCGAGUGACACCAAUCCGAUAUGGACCCCGAAUGACUCUGAACUAGACUGGACGUACGCCAAGAUGUGGCUUCGUAAUGCGGACACGCAGUGGCAUCAGAUGAUCACGCAUCUUCUUCGUACUCAUCUGUUUAUGGAGCCAAUCGCUCUUGCCUGCAGAAGACAGCUACCCUCCCUCCACCCUCUGUGGAAAUUAUUGUCACCUCACGUGCGGGGAGUUAUGGCCAUCAACACUCUUGGAAGAGAACGAUUGAUUCCUGCUGGGGGCGUGGCAGACAACACACUUAGCCUCGGAGGCGGAGGUCACAUUGUACUCAUGAAGAAGUACUACAAGAAUAUGAGUUGGUCAUCGUAUGACCUUCCAAAAGUGCUUGAGGAAAGAGGGGUUCAUGAUGCAAAGAAACUGCCAGGCUUCCACUAUCGCGACGACGCCAUUAAACUGUGGCAGGCUAUCGGAGAAUACAUCACAGACAUUCUGGCCAUUUACUAUCAUUCUGACGAAAAAGUUCAAAGCGAUACAGAGCUGCAGGCGUGGAUCCUGGAUCUUCACGACAAUGGCUAUCCAGUCCGUGAAGGAGAGACAGAUCACGGCUUCCCGUCAUCAGUUGCGAGCAUUGAACAACUUACCCACCUGCUGACCAUCAUCAUCUUUACGUGCGCCUGUCAGCAUGCAGCGGUUAACUUCUCUCAGAUGGAUACAUUCGGUUUCCCGCCAAAUUCUCCGGCCCUCAUGCGACAGUCGCCGCCCACCAAGAAGGACUCUGUGACCAUGAAAGACGUCAUGAAGUGUCUGCCGACCAAGCACCAGGCUGGAGUUACUAUAGCAACGGUGUAUGAUUUGACUCGCAUCUUUCCGGAUGAGCGAUUUCUGGGCGAUUACUCAGAUGGGUUAUUCCACGAUGCACCAGCUCUCGAAGCCAUUCUACGUUUCCAAGGAAAGCUCAACGAAAUUUCCAUGGCAAUAAAAGAGCGAAAUAAAGACCUGGAAGUACCUUACAAAUACCUGCUGCCUGAAAGAACACCAAACAGCAUCGCAAUAUAGACACGUACAAUUAUACGCAACGUAGAAAAAUCGGGAAAACAGCCUGAAAAUACUUAUUAUUCCACACGCGCGCGUUGGAUUUGAGAUGCGCGCGCGUAGUGCGCGCGUAGAGCGUAGCCCCGAGUUGGCUAUCUAUCAUCUCAUAUCCAACAAGCGCGAGUGGAAUAAUUUUUCCAGUAAAAACGCCCCCAAAAUAUGGAAAACUAAAAUAGAAUAAAAAUAAAAACGCCCAAAAACUUACGCAUGGGCUUACCA